AGGUUUUUAUGACAAAACUUUCACAAAAGGAGAAGGAGAAUGCUCUCAAUGAGGUGCGUAUCUUGGCCUCUAUUGAUGACCCAAAUAUCAUAGGAUAUAAGGAAGCAUUUCUGACUGAAAAUCCAUCUACUCUUUGUAUUGUGAUGGAGUAUGCUGAUGGUGGUGAUUUAUAUGACAAAAUAUGUAAAUGUCAGAAAAAUGGCAUGACUUUUCCCGAGAAAGAUAUCUGGAAUAUAUUUAUACAAGUGGUCAAAGGCCUCAAGGCUCUUCAUAAUAUGAAAAUUCUCCACCGUGACCUCAAGUCAGCUAAUAUAUUUCUUAAUAAGGAUGGAACAGUAAAAUUAGGAGAUCUGAAUGUCUCUAAGGUCGCUAAAAUGGGUCUUGUUCACACUCAGACAGGAACUCCAUACUAUGCAUCCCCAGAAGUGUGGGAUGAUAAGUCUUAUGAUUUUAGAAGUGAUAUUUGGUCUUUAGGUGUCUGCACUUAUGAAAUGGCCACCCUCAAACCUCCAUUUACAGCUAGUAGUAUGGGUGAGUUAUACAAGAGGGUCUGUUCAGGGAAGCAUCCAAAGAUCUCGAAUAAUUAUAGUAGAGAUCUUUCUUCUAUUAUUUCAACUUUGUUAAAUGUGAAACCCUCUGAAAGACCUAGUUGUGAACAAAUUUUGCAUAUGCCAGCAGUUGAAGAGCAUCUAACUAAUGAAGAUGAUAGUGAUAUGAACAAAGAACUGCUCAAUACUAUAAAAAUACCUAGAAACAUGAAACUCUUACAGGGGAAACUCCCUAAGUCUCAGUAUGAGGAUGACAAGAUUGAAGAAAUGGAUGAUGUUGGAGAUUUAAUUGAAAAUGGCAAUCUCCCGUCUACAAAUACUAAUGAUUAUCCAAAUUAUGCAGCCCCUGCUACAGCUGCAAGUAGAGAUACAGAGCCCACACUUAAAGAAGUCAGGUCUAGGCAUAAUAUUGAUGAGCGAAAAGAUAUUGUAGGUGAAGUGCGAAAGCGAAGAGAAAAGCCCAAGACCACCCCCAUGAACUUGGUCCCUCUCAAGAACAAAGUCAAGAAAUACGAAAUGUACAGAGACCUCACCAAGAACAAAGACAAAUACGGCAUCGGCCACCGUAGAAACCACAACAACAUCCACCAGAAAUACAUGGAAAGAGCCAAGGAAAUUGAAGCUCAGGAGCAGAAGCUCAAGAGGGAACUGCAGCACAGAGUGCAGGACCCAGAGCUGCCAGACAUUUACACCAAAGGUCGCAUUGGAGUGCAGAGAGUGCACUACGAUCCCAGGCACGACUCUAGAAAGGGACACCACGGCUCAUCACACAAGUACCUGGGUGGAAGUGAGAACACCAGAAAGCCGAGCUUGGUGAUCCAGCCAAGAAUCAUGGCACACAAGAAAGACGGGCUCAGAUCAAGAGGAGACGUGAUUGACUCGUUACCACCACCGAGUUCGAAGGGAGUGUCGCCGUCAAGGUACAAGCCUCAUCCAUAUAAGAACAUUUACAGCAUGAAAGCAAAUAAACUCUCCCAACUAAAAGGGAUUCCUCCAAUAUCAAAGCAUUCAGGAACUACCAAAUUGAACAGUAGCAAGCAGAAUUUGCCAAAAUUAAGGACUAACAAGGCUAGAAAUAAAAGAAAUGAGAUGAUCCAUGGAAUCCCUUCUAUCAGAUCUAACUCAAAUGAAUCCUAUAACCCUAUUUACAAGGACUUAAAUAGGCCCACGUGGUGGGGAUAAUUUUCAUGUCUCUGUUU